AUGAGAAUUCCUCUAUGGCAAACUUUGAGAUUGAAAUCCACCAGUUGUUCUGUUCCUUGGUGUAUCAUUGGUGAUUUCAAUGGUAUAGCCUCAGUUGAAGAGAAGAUUGAUGGGCUCCCAUAUCAAAUGAAGAAGAGCAUUGACUUUCUUAGCAUGAUUGAAGAUUGUGGGCUUGUUGACCUUGCUUUCUAUGGUCCAAGAUACACAUGGUCAAAUGGUAGAGGCCCAUGUUUAAUAGGUUGGAAAAGACUGGAUAGAGGUAUAGUUAAUGACAAUUGGCUAACAUCCUUUCCUACCACCACCAUUACCCAUCUAGCAGCUGCUGGUUCUGACCACUCUCCCCUCCUUUUGGAACUUCAUGUGAGGCAAGAAUACAAUCAGAAGUACUUUAAAUUUCUCAAUUGCUGGACUGAAAAUGAGUCAUUCAAACCCUUAGUUCACCAGGUCUGGUCCACACAUAUUGCUGGCAGUGCUAUGUGGAUUUUCCACCAGAAAUUGAAAACUACCUCUAGGGCACUGAGUGUCUGGUCAAGAGAACAAUAUGGUGACAUUUUUCAACUACCCAAGGAGUUUGAACAAAAGGUUAGGGAAGCUGAAGAGAAAUGGUUAUCAACCAAUGAUCCUUCUGAUAGAGCUGCUCUUCAUGAGAUUCAAGCCCAAUAUACUAAAUAUCUGAAGACUGAAGAAGUUGUUCUAAGGCAAAAAAUGCAGCUUCACUGGUUCAAAGAUGGUGAUGCCAACUCCAGAUACUUUCACAGCUUAAUCAGAGGAAGAAGAAGAAAGUUGUACAUUCAUAAACUAAAAAAUGAGGAAGGGGAUUGGAUACAAAGGGAUGAGGCUAUUGGUGAAGCUGCUUGUGAAUAUUUUAAAGAGAUCUUUUCUAAAAUAUGGAGGGGGUGA